CCCUAGUUUUGCAUUCGACACCGACCGGAGAUCAGACCUCGAUUAAUCUGACUGGGAAGGCUAUGGCAGUGGAGGCGGCGACGCAACCUAGCAAGCUGAGGUGGGGAGAAUUGGAUGAAGACGAUGGGGAGGAUUUGGAUUUCCUGCUGCCGCCGAAGCAGGUGAUUGGACCCGACGAGAACGGGAUAAAGAAGGUCAUUGAGUACAAGUUCAACGACGAGGGGAACAAGGUGAAGAUCACCACCACCACUCGCAUACGGAAAUUGGCCAACGCUCGGCUCAGCAAGCGCGCUAUCGAGCGCCGUUCGUGGGGAAAGUUCGGCGACGCGGCGCACGAGGACGCUGGCAGUCGCCUUACCAUGGUUUCCACCGAAGAGAUUCUUAUGGAACGCCCAAGAGCACCUGGUACUAAAGCUGAGGAAGUCAAAGUAGCUGGAGAUCCACUGGCCCAAAUGGGUAAAGGAGGUGCUGUACUCAUGGUUUGCAGAACCUGUGGGAAGAAGGGCGAUCACUGGACAUCUAGGUGCCCUUACAAGGAUCUUACGCAGCCACCGGAGACCUUCAUCGACAAGCCACCGACAGAAACUGCCGCCGCAACAGGUUCCACCAAAUCUGCCUACGUACCCCCCAGCAUGAGGGGAGGAGCCAACACUGAGAGGACCGGCACCGACAUGAAGCGCAGGAACGAAGAGAACUCUGUUAGGGUUACAAAUCUCUCUGAAGACACCCGUGAACCCGACUUACUCGAGCUUUUCCGUCCUUUUGGCGCUGUCAGCAGAGUUUAUGUAGCUAUCGAUCAAAAGACUCAGAUGAGCAGAGGGUUCGGUUUUGUGAACUUUGUUAGCAGGGAAGAUGCCGAGAGAGCUAUAAACAAACUGAAUGGCUACGGAUACGACAAUCUUAUCCUUAGAGUCGAGUGGGCUGCGCCAAGAUCGAAUUAAUUCUUUUUUACCAGCCUAACAUUCCUCUUGUAUUUUUGCAGCUGCUUUCGAUUCUGGCUUGUUCCCGUCUUAUUGCAACCAAUAGCUGCGAAAGUGUAUUUGAGGCUGUCCAUAUUAUGUUGGAACUCUGUUGUCGACGACUUUCAACUGUCGGAUGGGAUCAUAAUGAUCAUUAUUACCGGCAGGUGAUGAUGAUUUUUGUUUUAUUACUUGAAUGGUGGAAUAUACUAAAGUAUUUGCUAUGAGUUGAAGUAUUGAUUUCCCUUGUUA